UCGACUCGUACACACGUGUACCAGUUAUACGAACCUUGCCCCCUGCGGUUACACACUUCGACGUUGAUAUUACGUACUAGUGUUUUGUAAAGUUUUACGUUCAUUUAUAUUGUGAAUUGAAUAUUGCCAUUGUUGUGAUUAUUUGUUCACAGAAUGUUUUCAAGAUUUAAACAAAUGUCUCGCUCGGUGAGGGGUAAGAGGGAUCUCUUAUCCCAUAAUAGUGUUCGUGGGGAGAAUACUCUCACAACUGUCUCAACAUCAGACUCCUCUAGUGAGCAGAAUGUCGAAAUAGAAGAUAAAUCGUCGUCGUUAGUGGUUUAUCUUUAGAGCAAUUAGACGAAAGUCACGCUGCACAAUGUUCAUACCCCAACUGCGAUGAAGUUCUAUCUAGAUUCUCAGAAUACAGUAUUCGUAUGGAACCCUUACAGUGUCGCGGUCCUUACGUUUGUCCAUCGUGCGGCGGUGUAUGGUGCACGAAGUGUUCCAUUCGCUUACGUCGAUGUGCACGGUACCGUAGUUUAUUCCUAAGACCAGCUACACCAUGCCUAGCACUACAGCUACUGAUCGACGACCUAAUGCUGCCAUAUCGGAAUUACAGCCAAGGCUGUACAGACCUGCUCACAGCUACCACCAGAGCGAAGCACGAGGAAGACUGUCAGUUCAAUACUGUGAUAUGUCCUGUAAAAUCACAUUGCCAUCCUAUUCCGUUCAAAGAAUUAUCAGCACAUAUUGAAUCAACACACGACAUAAUUGCCAUAUAUUCACAGAAGAUAAAAAUACCUAUCGAAAACUUUUGUGCUAUAUUCAAGAAACCCGAUCACCGUAGAACUAAAUACAGAUAUAUACUUCUCAAUCAUAAAAGCGCUUUUAUCAUAAAAAUCAUUUUUAACAAACAUCAUUUCCAAAUUGACGUUAUGAGAAAAAAGCUAGUAUGCAUAGCAGAACAGAAAUCAGAAUUGAAUAAUAGUCAAUUCUGCGCACUAAUAAAGCUGUACACCCAAUCAUCCGUCAUCAAGACAAUUAAUUUUAUAGAAAACAACACGUAUGGUAGAAAAGUCGAUGUGCAAUGGAACAAUUUUCUAUUGGAAUUAAAAAAAACAAUGUCUAUAACAAUUCGUGUAAGAAUCACAAAUUCGGACACAGAAUCUACGAGAAGGGAUUACGCCGGAUCAUAAGAUGUUUUAUGAUAUUUAAGAAGCUGUUGGAGUAAAUUGUGAUAUUGCAAAUAAGACUGAAUUUACAAAGACAACUAGUACUGUCUGAUAAUCUAGAGAGGUUGAAAGGUCGAUGGACCGCUUUUUAGGUCGAAGGGUCCGAAUUUGUCGUCAAAAUGUAUUAAAAUUAAAAGGCAAAUUAGUCAUCAAAAUUAUGUCCGUCUUCUUAUCGGUCUUUUGUCUAAGUCCUUUUGUUUUGUCCCAAGCUGUCAGUUUUAAUUGUCGAAUGUCUUAGCGGCCAGCAAUAAAACCGGUUAAAGAGGCCGCAACAGAGGUCUUAUCACUUGCAGUACUAUGUUGUGACUGAUGUAGUCUUAAGUAGCUCCUAAUUUACAUUUAAGCAUUUCACUGGAAGAACAAAUAUAAGUUGCAAUAUAUUAUUAUUAUCUGUAUUUUAUUUUAUACUUUAUAGCUUAUUC